GGACCUGGGUCGACGUAGAGUCUCUCGACUGCCGGUCCAUAUCGACAAGAACCAAGGCCCAAGGGUGACCUCAUCCUGCUUGUAUAACAACAUACAAGGCAGUGCCGGCCACAUCGCAUAAUAGCUCAUGAACAAUCCAGCCUGGAGCUGAAGUCAAACCGACCUUUAUAAUACAACACAACACACCCGUCUCCCUGUACCAGGCUUGGCAUCAUGCGACAAGGAUCCCUUCGAACACACCUCCGACGCUGGGCGCGGGGUAAAAAGACGCUAUGGACCCUAAACGGCCUGCUGCUCAUCAUCUGUCUUUCCCUCCUGGUCGAUACGUACUGGGAUCGCCUUUCCUCCGAGUCUUCCUCCUUGCUGGAAUCGGACGAUGGUAAUGGUAGUCCGGUCGGCUACGCAAUGUCUGGGAGGAACCGGGCGAAACCUUCUCAACCGCUUCGACAACCCCGGGUCCCCAGCACGGGGACUUAUAGUCGACGGAGGGCUACUCGAUCUGGGUCUGAUCCGAAGGGAGGGGUACUGAAACCAAUGGGCCCGGCUUAUUGUACGGCGGACCAGUAUGCGAAUGGGACGUGGGAAGCUAGGCCGAGACCGCCAAAGACUUUGGCUGAGAUUAGGAAGUUGAAUUCUUUGAGCGCUUCGGGAGCGAUGGGCUGUCACCCACUCCAAUGGCCCAUCGAGACCAAAGGUGAACCCGCUUAUGACGAACCGGCUCACUUGGACCGGAUGGUCCAGGCUGCGGCUUAUCAUUGGGUCCCAGCUGAAGGGUGUCGGAGGAGAGAGUUAGCAGCGAGCGUCUUGGUCAAGAGGUUGUUGAGGAGCAAGGGGGGGAUGUUCAUCGUCGGUGACUCGUUGACGGAGCAACACGCCGUCAUCCUCAGAAACCUCUUGGUCUACCCCGGAGGUCCCUUUGAGGUCACGGGAUACGGCGACCGACCUCGAUUCGAAGGGAUCAUGUUGAACCGGGACCACCCCCAUACCCCGGAAAUCCUUCGAUCGGCGGGGGUAGCCGCUUCUCGGUGCGAUACCCCUAUCGUCUCGAUGUACCUCGAGCGACAUCUCAUCAGCCGGGAAGAGAUGGACGAGGUCAUGCGAGGAGCGGAAGGGAACGGCUACAUUCCCUUCUCCAGCGGUAAAGGUCUGGAGCAAUGGGUGGCAGAGUCGAUCUGGUACAAGGAAUACGUCAAGGUCAUGACCGGCCCCGAAGUCGAGGUCGAUCCCGACGUCGCCGUUGAGGAGAACACGGUCUUGGUGCUCAAUUCCGGACCUCAUUGGGUCAAUUACGAGUUUACCACCAAGGAGGUCGAUUUCUACCCAGAGCUGCUGGAUGGUUGGGAGAAUACGAUCGAACUCUUGUUGAAAAAGAUCGCCGACGUCCCCGCUGCCAAGCAGAGCGUGUUCUGGCGAGCGACCGCCCCCGGGCAUCCUCAUUGCGAACUCUCCACUACGGCAGAAAAACGGACCGAUUUUAGAUCCACCACGGACCCGAACUUUAUGCGAUACAACUGGGACCUGUUCGAACAGCUCAACAGCCGGUGGAAGAACCGACUGGGCGGUGGGCCGGGCGGGCCGGGGAGGGACGUGGCGACCGGGAUGCAGUACCUCGAUAUCUGGCCCAUGAGCGUUCAGCGACCCGAUUCGCACCUCUUGCCUCCGAACGAUUGUUUGCACUAUUGUUACGGUCUAGGAGGGGUCGUAGAAGAGUGGCAAAAGUUCCUCUGGCACAACGUCGCUGCGCAGUCGCGCAACUCGGACUACCACGUCGACAGGCCUGCAUACCACUGAGGAUCUUACACGACAUACAGGGUCAUACAACAAUCGAGGCCGACAUAUAAUGACACGAACCAUAAUCACAUACUGGAUGAUAAAUAGCAUAAUUGUACAACUCAUAAAACGUGUAUAAGCAGUACUCAGUACGAAUACGAUGUCACCGGUUCUGCAUACGCCCGACUCAGGCC